AUGUCCCAGGUUCCGGACAGGCCUCCUUAUCCGCCGUUCACAGAGGAGACGGCCAAGAUCAAGGUAAAGGCCGCACAGGAUGCAUGGAAUACCAGAACUCCGCACAAAGUCAAGCUUGCCUACACGGAGGACAGCAUCUGGCGGAACCGGGACCAGUUCUUCACGGGCCACGACGCCAUCGCAGACUUCUUGACCAAGAAGUGGGCGAAGGAGAAUGGGUAUAGGCUAAGGAAGGAGCUUUUUGCAUUCAAGGACAACAAGAUUGCCGUCCAAUUCUGGUACGAGUGGUAUGACGAAGCUGGACAAUGGUGGAGGACGUAUGGCCUCGAGGACUGGACGUUCGCAGACAACGGCCUGAUGAGGAAGAGGCAAAUGAGCGGUAACGAUGUUAAGAUCAGUGACGACGAGAGAUGGUUCAAGGAUGGAGUUGAUGUGAACACGGUUCCCAUCGAGGAGAAGCACUGGUAA